AUGCAAGAGGCCAUGGAAAUAUCUCUCGCCAACGAGGCCAACGACCAAGAACACACUCUCACAUUCUGGGCCGCCCUCCGCCUCUACCCAAAAGGGAUCUUCUGGGCCUUCGCCAUGGCCACAGCCGUAAUCAUGGAAGGCUACGACACGAAACUCAUCGGGACACUCUACGCCCAACCCGCAUUCCAAAAAGCAUAUGGCCACCGUACAGCCAAAGGCACAUACCAAAUCUCAGCGCCUUGGCAAGCCGGACUCAACAAUGGAGGAGCAGUUGGACAGUUCGCUGGACUUUUAAUCGCAGGUUACUUGAGUGAAAGGUACGGGUUUCGGAGAACGAUGUUGGUGGGACAAGGUCUCAUAAUCGCGUUUAUUUUCAUAACGUUUUUUUCGCCCAACUUAAAGGUUCUCGAGGUCGGUUUGAUUUUGUUUGGUGUGCCGUUGGGAUUCUUCCAGGCAACGAGUGUUAUAUAUGCUCUUGAACUGGGACCGUUGCCUUUGAGGGCGUAUUUGACGAAUUACAUCCAUCAAUGUUGGGCAUUCGGGCAGCUCUUAGCCAUUGGUGUUCUUCGAGGUCUGUUAAGCAGGACGGACGAAUGGGCAUAUCGCAUACCAUUCGCAAUACAAUGGGUGUGGCCAGUGAUUCUCAUCCCCCUCAUCUACCUCGCUCCAGAAUCACCCUGGUGGCUCGUCCGUCGUAAUCGGCUGCAAGAAGCCAGAGAUGCCGUCAAGCGCCUGACCUCUCCGAAGAAUGUCGAUUUCGAUAUUGACAAGAAUAUUGCGCUGAUGGUGGUCACGACUGAACAUGAACUGGCGGUGGAAGCGAGUACGACUUACUGGACCUGCUUUCAAGGAACGAAUCUGCGAAGAACGAUAGUUGUCAUGUUCAUCUAUUGCAUUCAAACGUUAAAUGGAAAUCCUCUCCGAGGUUACUCGACAUACUUCUUUGAGCAGGCCGGACUGCAGACAACCCAAGCUUUCAAUAUGAGCAUAAUCGGCUUUGCUGUGGCUAUUGUUGGAGGACUGUCAUCGUGGGCAUUCUUACCCUUAGCAGGUCGACGCACGAUAUACCUGAUUGGCCUGGCCAUAAUGACCAUUAUCAUGGCUUUGAUCGGCGGUCUCGGGAUCCCACAAGCCCACACUCCCAAGUCAGAUUACUCCUGGGCCAUCGGCUCGCUGCUCGUGAUUUCAUCUUUCGUCUACUACAGCACAAUUGGUCCAUUGACCAACACGUUUUGUGGCGAGAUACCUACUGCAAUGCUACGCAGCAAAUCGAUUGCGCUCGCACGAAGCCUUUACAUCAUCUCGACCAUUAUCGCCAACACCCUCACACCAUAUCAGCUCAAUCCAACGGCGUGGAAUUGGGGCGCUAAAACCGGAUUUUUCUGGAUGGGAGGGUGUGUGAUUUCGAUCGUCUUUGCGUGGUUCUGUAUACCAGAGACAAAAGAUCGCACGACGGCCGAGGUUGACUAUCUUUUCGAGACAAAGGUCUCUGCUCGAAAGUUCUCCAAGACCCCGGUAGCUUUUACGGCUGCUGUGAGUAAUAUUGAGAAGUGA